ACAAAUACCCCAAAAAUAGCUUUCCCAGGAGAAAUUCAAGCCUCCAAGACAGCCAGGGUGGGACACACAGCUCCCAACACCUGUAGGGCAGCAAAGCCCCCCAGCCCUUCGUGUGCCUUCAUUUCCCAGUGGGUUGAUGAGCCUGGACAAAGCCAGUCCUGGGAAUGUCACAGAUCCGGCAUGGUUUGGGUCUCUGCUCUUCUCCCUCCCUCCCCGUGGAGAUGGUGGUGCUGCGGGCUGGGCUCUGCCCUGGCCUCACUGAGGACAUGAUCCAGCUUCUCAGGGACAAUGGCAUCAGGACGGUGGUGGACUUUGUGUCGUCAGACCUGGAGGAUGUUGCCCAAAAGUGUUCCCUGUCUUACAAGGCGCUGGUUGCAGUCAGACGUGUGCUCCUGGCCCAGUUCUCUGCCUUCCCUGCCAAUGGAGCUGACCUCUACGAGGAGCUCAAGAGCUCCACUGCCAUCCUGCCCACUGGCAGCCCAAGCCUGGACCAGCUGCUGGACUCAGGGCUGUACACAGGGGAAGUGAUGGAGCUCAUGGGAGCACCGGGCACUGGGAAGACACAGGUGUGCCUGGGCAUUGCAGCCAGUGUGUCCCUGGGGCUCAAGCAGCACGUUCUGUUUCUCGACUCCACGGGAGGUUUCACUGCCUCCCGCCUCUACCAGAUGCUCCAAGCCCAGACAGAGGAUGAGGAAGAGCAGCUGGAGGCUCUGCAGCGGGUGCAGGUACAACGUGUGUUCAACAUCUACGAGGUGCUGAGAGCCUUGCAGGAGCUGAGGGAUCGCCUCUCCCAGCAGGUGCUGAGCUCCGUGGGACCUCUCAAGGUGGUGGUGCUGGACUCGGUGUCGGCUGUGAUUUACCCUCUGCUGGGUGGCAGGCAGUCAGAGGGUCUGGCCCUCAUGAUGCAGCUCUCCAGGGAGCUGAAGACCCUGGCCAGGGAGUUCAGCCUUGCUGUAGUGGUGACCAACCAGGUGACAAGGGACAGCAGCAGUGGCUCACUGAAGCCAGCCCUUGGCCGCUCCUGGAGUUUUGUGCCCAGCACCCGGGUGCUGCUGGAGAGCAAAGAGGGGCCCUGGGAGAGAUCCAGCACACAAAGGGCAGCUUCCCUGGCAAAGUCACCCCGGCAGCCAACAGGGAUCCAGGUGGAGCUGGACAUUGGGAAUGGUGAUAUGUUGGAACCCAGCCUGGUGACACCCACAGAGGGGCUCUGAUGGGCUGGAACAGCAAAUGCCACAAGGUUCAAGAGAGCUGCACCAAAGCAGGCAAGCACUGAAGGUUUUACAAGCUGGCUGAGAGUCCUGCAGCCCUGGGAAGGACCAACAAGAAAAAUCUCUUGUUCUUCUGCCCUGUGGAAAAAUGAAAUGUGGGGCUCCUGGAGACCUGGACAAUCAGGGCAGGUUCUGUGCUCUGCUGCAGGCUUGUCUUCACCCCCAGAGUGCUCACGUGGUGUUUGGGAUCUGCUUGUCCCUGCACAACCCCACAACUCCCUGUCCUGGUUUAAUUCCCCCCUGGCUCCCUGCCCUCAGGAGUUCUGAUCAUUCUUGGGCCCACAGUGGGCUUGGUUCAGAAAUAAAAGACAAAAAAAAAAAGCUGU